AUGGGGGCGUUAAUCCCCAUUGCCAUCUCCAUUGCCGGAAUUAUUACGACUGUGGUGGUGGCCGGAACGAAGACCAUCACGGGAGCAGCUAAUGGACUCGGAGCUGCUGGAAAAGCGUUGGAAAAGUUUGCAAAAGCUGCACUGCCAAUCCUGGUACCUAUUUUAAACAUGUUAAUUACCAGUGGCGUAACUCCUACGAGCUCUACCCGGUAAGAGCCGGGGGCACCCAGACCUUGUUCAUCUAAUUUCCGUUUCGUACAACUAUUUAAGGACCUUGCAUGUUAAGAUUUUCUGUAUCAACUACACUAGCACAGAUGGUAUAUAACGUGACUUCAGAAGUUGAAGCGAAAAAAGGAAAAGUAUGUACAUAUAUACUAUGGAAAUAAUGUCUUCGGAGCCAAUGGCAGUGAGAAGUACAGGACGGGUUCCGAAAAACAGAAAUGACAAACAACCGAUCUUGUCAGAACUAUACAGCUUUUUCAAUACAAUCAUCAACCGAUCAGCUGAUCUCAAGAAGCUUGUCCAACAGCUGGACUGCAUAACCACUGCAGGAGAAGAUAGAAAAUUGACUCUGAAAAGACUUUAUACAACUCGUUGGUCUUCGUGAACUGAUACAACCAGGGCAACUAAGAAUUGAUUGGGUGAUAUCAUUCGGCUGAUGAAAGGAUACAUCAAAGAUUCUAAAAGUAAAGAAAAGCAAGAGGCCCAAAAUCUCCUCAAACAUAUAAGCAUUAUGGAAUUCAUUAUUUUGCUGAACACUUGGGAAAGAAUCCUUUCUUCAAUAAAUUUAGCAUCCAAAGCUUUUCAUGCAGUGGACAUGGAUCCCGGAAUUAAAAGUGAAUUGGGGACAGCGUUGAAUAAUGUUAGAGAGAUGGCCGAAUAGAAUUAAAUUCUAAGGGGAUCUGCAGUGUUUGCUCUUAAAGUUGGCAUUCUUGUCUCCUCUUUUAUUGAGAAGGGAACAAUAAAAGUUCGUAGAUUUUUUGACGAGGAAGCAAGAGAUAAACCCAUCGCUGACCCAGAGAAGAAAUUCCGUGUCGAAGUAUUCUUAUUUAUUGACACGGCUACAUCGCAACUAGAAGAACGGUUCAAAGGUCAGACCUUCGUAUAUUGCGGAUGA